UCGUGUCACGCCCUGAUAGUCCCUAGCAGGACAGAUUGCAGUCCUGCAUAGGGGACAGGGAACGAAAGGGGUUCUACAAGCAUCCUUUACAUCAUUCGAAAAGUUCACCAAGCAAAUAUUGCACUGGUCCUCUUCAGGCCUUUCAGGCGUGGGCACAAUAGUUGCGACAGUCAAUGGGUCGAUACGCGGGCCCACAGCUUCGAUGGGAACAUCGACGACCUCAAACUGAACCCCCCGGUCUCCAUUACCAUUGUAAAGUCGGUAGUCGAGCAUUUCACGAAGUGGCGACAUUUCAUCCGGAAAGCCAAAGGGCCUAUAGCAUUGCGGGAAUCGUUGGGGUUCGAAUUCCUCCCACACAUCGUCGAAACGUUCGUACACGACAGCGCGAAUUUGCCCAUCGAAAUCGACAUUUCUUUGUAGCGCAGCAAGGAUGACGAACCUGUAGAGCAUAAACCCCAGAGAAUCUUCGGGAUUAGGAACUCCUUGGAGUCGUCGCAUGAGAGCCAUGUCAGAGAAUGCUUGGAGAAGCAAUCUACCCACCGUGGCCUCUAUACCCGCCAUUAUCAAUGCUUGCUUCACGAUUACGGGACAUUCGUUCUCCGGGUCCAACAUUCUGCUUACCGUAGACUCGUAACUGUCAUGCGCGGAAGCGUGAAGAAAGAAGUUUCUAUCAUCCCACAGAUCGUUACGAAUCACCUCUGGAAGGGCGAGGUAUGCGUCCACGACGUUGACUGAAAUGCGUGCGAGCUCUCGCAACAUAUGAUAUACUUCGUCGUUGUCGAGUCUACGAGUUCCACGGCGGCGUUCAGUUGCAUCGCGCAAUUCACUGAAAGCACAAGCGACCUCCUCAAAACAAUACUGUUGAUACGUCGAGCCAUACCGGCCUGUGAAACCCAACCUAUGAAUAGUGUGAUAAUCAUCCGGGUUCUCCUGUGGAAAUACUCCUGUGUACGGCGACAUAUACGGCAGAUUCAAUGUGGCCAACAGCGCGCUCUUUAACUCUGCACUGGGUUGACUCUCCAUGACACAGAGCUGCAACCACUGAUGCAUAGCAUCAGACAAUCUCAAAGCAUCAGCCAUCGCAUAUUUCUCCAGCUGCUUACUUUCCACGAGGUGCUCUAUGAUUGGCUCGUACAAUUCGGUAGGGUUGAUUGCUCCGACCGCUCUAUUUAAUUCAGCACUCCCUUCUAGCUGCAGCUCGGUCAACAAGUCGCUAAAGCAGGGGUGUAAAUCAUUCAUGAGUUGGGUACGUUCGAUAGACUCGGUCUUUACCUCGAAAACCAAAGCAGUCGUAAGCCAUCGACAGGCCUUUGCAAGAGUCAAAGGGUCUGCGGCUAAGGGUGCAAGGGCGGCUACCACAGUAGGCAUUGGAGAAAAUGGUGGUGGGCCCAGGUGAUAAACCAUACCCAUGGUCCUGCUUUCAUACCUGUUCACAGUCGGCAUGUUUCCGAAUUGAUUCGAUUGGUAUGUAGAGCAGGCUAGAACGUAUAAUUGGAAGUGUUCAUGGAUAAU